GAGAAAUUGUAUUCAUCAUUGUAUUGUUUGAAUUUAAUCAAAGGUUUCAUCAGAGCUAGAAAAUGAACUGAGAGCACAAUUUGUUAGUCAAGAUGGUGGCUAUCAGUACUCUCAGAAUUCAGCAACAUACGACACGUCAUUAUCACUCUCUUGGAAUACGCUUUUUAUACAGGCAGAAUGUUGUGGAGUAGGAUCAUUGAUAGAAUCCUCGUUUACGUCAACCAAGUGGUACUCGUCUGGAGACAGAUCUAGUAAUCGGAUUCCAGUACAAUGUUGUAUAUCUCAGUCUGAUGUCUUCCCGUACGCUACAAGAACAGAUAGCCAUUGUACAUCAUCUAUGCUAGACGGAUACUUUUACUCACAGUCAUGUGAUGAUGCAGUUGAAAAAAGAUUGAAGACAUACAGCAUAAUCUUCUUUGUGUUCAUGGCGAUCACCAUUUUAGCUGAGAUGAGUUGCAUUAUAAUGACUGUAUUCGACGUUAUAAGGCUAAAGAAAUUAACGCUGGGUAUAAAAGCUGGUGACGACACAAAAGAAAUCAUUAGAGAAAACGAAAAAAUCAUUCUGAAACAAUCAAUUGGGGAUGAAGCAAAUAAAUCAGAAAAUAAGAAAAUACAGAAGGAUAAACCAGAAAAAAUAUCACAAAUCAAGAAGUCGAUGUCGAGAGGAGCAUUUGAUUUACAAAAGAAAGAAAGUACAAUUAUUCAGGAUAAACACGAAGACAAAAUUGAAUUACAACCUGUAAAAUCGAUGGAAAUUGCAGACAAAAAUAAAGCUGCAGGGCAAAAUAUGAAAAUGGAAGCAGUCACUGGCACAACAUUGAAUGGUGAUGCAGAAGUCGAAACAGUGGCUGAAAAAGAUACCACAGCGAGGGACACCGCGAUUGAAGAUGCGACUGACACAUCGAAAUAG